AUGCCAUCGGUCAUCACCACAGGCCUGCACUCUAACAAGUCGUACGCCCCACUGGCCGACGAGGUCAACCCACCGUUUGGCAAUGUGGCUCCCUCCCCAACCUCUGUCAACGGGUCCAUCGUCUACUCGAAACGCAUCUCCUCCCCGACCGUGACCCUAGACGACCACGGACCCAACGCAUCCAGCAGCCGUGUCCUCCGCGAGGACAGCGACGACACUCUCUCUGGAUCAGACCACCACCGCAAGGGCAAAGGUCGUGGCCAUUGGUCUUCUACCAGCACAGAAGAGGGCGACGAGAGCGGUGAUAUCGGUGCAGUGCGGAGCAGCUAUCGUCUCAGCAAGAGCAAGGGCAAGGAGCGCGCCUGGGACAGCGAUGGCUACACUCGCCAGGUAGAGCCGGAGACAAGCUCGUACCCCCCACUCAACGACGUCGAGGAAGAGGAGAAGCGUGUUCAAGCUAAUCUCGCCAAGUUUACCGCGCGCGAGACUGCAAGGCGAAAGGCUGCAAGGCAGUCCCGAGUGGUGCAGUCGCCAGUGGGGUCCGAGUCGCCCAAUUCCUCGUCGGCGUCGUUGCCGCGCACCUCUGGUUCGCGUACUUCGCAUGGGUCGCGACCGAUGUCGUUCAUCAGCGAGUCUAUCAGCUCGGCCAAGCGCAGCAAUGGUAUGGGAUGGGGAAGCCUCACUGGCAAGGACAAGCGAGUGCCCGAGGACAUCGAGCUUCCUGCAUCGCCGACUGUGACUACGGGCAGCGCAGGCCCCAACGCGUACACCAACCCCUACGACCCCCAGCCGCCACCUGCCGCGGCCGCGAAGCCAACGUCCCCUACGUCCCCCACGAUGCAGCGGCACGGUCCCUUUGCCGAUCCUCACAGCCACUCGCGGCGCAUGACGGCAUCGUCACCGUUGACCUCACCAAUCGAUGAAGGGGGGUUUGGCUACGCUGGCCCCGGGUGGCGCGGCGGUGCUGCUGUUGCUGGCACCUCGUCGUCGACGGACAGUGAGUCUACACCACCUCCCUCCAAGCCCGAGCGCUGGUGGCACGCGCUGUGUUCGUGGGGAUCGGAUCUGGACGGUGGCCACGGAAACAAGGCAAGCAACCAAGCCGGCCGCACCAACCCCUUUGAGUAG